UAUUCAGCAAUAAUAUGAUAUUAAAAUCGCAAAAAGGACAGUUGAUCAUAUGAAAACAGAAAGCAAAGAGGGAAAAUUUGGGUAAGAAAAAGGAGUUCUUGUUUGAUGAUUGAUGGAGAAGGGAGUUCAAAGAUGGAUAGUAGACAUAUCAAAGUGGAACCCAUCUUCCAAUGAUUUCUCUUUUGCUCUUUCUCUUCUUCCUCAAACCCAUCACUCCUCCAUUACCAGAUUUGUGAAAAUGGAGGAUAGAAAAAGGGCUCUAGUUAGCUUGUUGCUCCAAUAUACUCUUGUACAUGAGGUGCUGGGAAUCCCAUAUCCAGAUAUUGUUAUAAACCGCACGUUGGAAGGCAAACCCUUUUUGGAAUGUGCUAGAUUUUGCUUUGAGUUUCCCAAUUUUAAUUUCAAUGUUUCUCAUCAUGGUGACUAUGUGGCAAUAGCAUCUGAACCUCUAUGCCUUGUCGGGUUGGACAUUGUUAAUUUUAUGAUUCCCGAGAAAGAGACUGUUCCAGAAUACAUUCAAAACUUUUCAUCGUACUUUUCAAGUUCAGAAUGGGAUCGAAUAAUAAGUGUUGGAAACAAUGAGGAGGUUUUGGCCGAGUUUUACAGAUACUGGUGUUUGAAAGAAGCAUAUGUCAAAGCUAUAGGGAGUGGAUUAGCAUAUGGAUUGCAUAAAGUGGAGUUUCAUCAUACUAACUGGACGAGCAUAUCUGUUAAAGUUGAUGGAGUUACAAAUCAGCAAUGGAGAUUUUGGCUUUUCAAUUUGGAUAAAGGACACUCGGUAUCAAUUGCAAGAGGGCACCCAAGAUUGGCCAUUGAGAGUUAUAAGAGAUCAUUAAAACGAACAAAGUUCAAUGAAGAAGAGCACAAUGUGGGUCUUCAUCUUCCCAAUCCAAGGUUUGUCUUGAGAACUGUAGAAGAGCUCAUUUCAGUUAUACACAAAGCAAAGCGUUCUUGUUAAGGGGGAAACAGUAGAACAGGAUGCAAUGAAACAUCCCCUAGUUGGACAUUGAAUUUUGUUAGAACUCGGUCUGUGAUUUCUAGAACCUGACUUCGAAUUUUUAGAGUCAAAGGGUGGAAUCAGGAAUGUAUGUUACUUAGACUCAGGCAUGAAUAUCAGAUAUGGAUAUAUAUGUGUCAAUUUCAAAACCGAAUACAUUGAACCAAAUUAAUCAAAUUUGAUAUGUUGGAUUGA